UGUCCUUGCCCUUUAUCUCAGUGUCCUAGUGAAGCCAGAGCAGCACAGUGGAACCCCAAGGGCUUGAGACCUCCAAGGUCACCCUCGCGCCCCUCACGGACCUCCAGGAGCCUCUGUCUGCUCUCUAUCUCUCACAUCCCAGCCCUAGUCUCUCCUAUGGCGGAUGGGAGCAGCAAUGCGGCGGGGGAGCCACGCCCCGCACCGGCCCCCGUGCGUCGUCGCUCCUCGGCCAACUACCGCGCCUACGCCACGGAGCCGCACGCCAAGAAAAAGUGUAAGAUCUCCGCCUCCAGAAAGCUACAGCUGAAGACUCUUAUGCUGCAGAUCGCGAAGCAGGAGCUGGAGCGCGAGGCGGAGGAGCGGCGCGGAGAGAAGGGGCGCGUGCUGAGUACACGGUGCCAGCCCCUGGAGCUGGCUGGCCUGGGCUCCGGGGAGCUGCAGGACUUAUGCCGACAACUCCAUACCCGGGUGGACAAGGUGGACGAAGAGAGAUACGACAUAGAGGCUAAAGUUACCAAGAAUAUCACAGAGAUCGCAGAUCUGAACCAGAAGAUCUUUGACCUCCGUGGCAAGUUUAAGCGGCCCACGCUGCGGAGGGUGAGGAUCUCUGCAGAUGCCAUGAUGCAGGCCCUGCUGGGAACCCGGGCCAAGGAGACCUUGGACCUGCGGGCCCACCUCAAGCAAGUGAAGAAGGAAGACACCGAGAAGGAGAACCGGGAGGUUGGUGACUGGCGCAAGAACAUCGAUGCCCUGAGCGGCAUGGAGGGCCGGAAGAAGAAGUUCGAGGGCUGAGCCUACCUUCCCCCGUCCAGGAAAUCAAAACCCUGAGAACUAAAAACUGUUCAUGCUGGA